AAGGAUAACGCGAAGAUGUGCUCUUCGGAGGGUUUUUAUGCUUGGUUGAUCAAGGUUGAAGGCAUCGUAUGCUGUAUACUGUAUAACUACUGUAUAUGCAUGGGACAAUUUGUCGUUUCGUAGGACUAAGUGGCGCAUGGCAUGGCUUGGCUGUACGAUAAGUACCAGAAACACGAUGCGAACAGACAUAUAUAAAGUCUACCUGUGUCCUGGGUUGAGAGUUGAGGAUUAGAGCUUCGAGUUACACAAACAUUUCCCUGAACACCAUCUGAAGAGAAACAACAACAUUAUAACCUUAAUAAUCAUGGCGCCUCCGCUUCCUAUCGUCAGUCCUGUUAGCGCCACACUGGCAGGUGCCCUAUUAGUGACACUAUAUCUUGUAGGAGUUGCCGUCUAUAGGAUCUUCCUACACCCUCUUCGCAAGUUCCCUGGACCUCUUCUAUGGAAGAUCUCUCCUCUCCCACGAGUGUACCAUCUUAUGAUAGGCGACCUUCCGUUCAAAGUACUGGAACUUCAAGCAAAGUACGGAAAGUUCGUUCGGCUCACACCUAACGAGCUCGCUUGCAAUGAUCCUCAAGCGUGGAAGGACAUCUAUGGCCAUCGGACGGGUGGCCUCCAGGAGAUGCCGAAGUACAAAGGCUCUUACUUCGUGCAAUCACACCUUCCCCCAUCCAUCAUCGAAGCGGAGCGCGAGGAACACAAUCUCAUCCGGCGCCAGCUAUCGCACGGAUUCUCGGAGAAGUCUCUACGGGGCCAAGAGAGCAUCAUCGGGGAUUACGUCAACCUGCUAAUCCAGAGGUUACACGAGCACGGCAAGAACGGCACCGUCCCGCUCAACAUGCGCGAGUGGUUCAACUGGACGACCUUCGACAUCAUCGGCGACCUGGGCUUCGGAUCCUCGUUCGACUGCCUCCAGCACUCGGACUACCACCCGUGGGUCAAGCUCAUCGGCAGCGCGCUCCACGAGGCCGCGGCCUUCCGCGCCCUCGGCAUCCUCAACCUUCGCCCCGUAGUGGACUUGAUGAAUAAGCUCGGCGGCACGAAUAAGAACAACGAAAACAUGGACCUGGUCAGGAAUAAGGUCCACCAGCGCAUGAAGCUCGGUAUGGAGCGCCCGGAUUUCAUGGAGGGCCUGAUCAGGAAGAAGAAUGAGUGGCAGAUGGAUGAUGAUAGACUCGCUGUUAAUGCGAAUGUGGUUAUUAUUGCGGGGUCGGAGACUACGGCUACCCUGCUUAGUGGCGCGGUCUACUUACUCACUACGAAUAGGGAUAAGCUGGAUAAGUUGGUCCAGGAGGUCAGGUCGAGCUUUAAGAGCGAUGAGGAGAUUACGCUGCUUUCGGUCAAUAACCUGUCUUAUAUGCUUGCGUGCCUUAACGAGGCUUUCCGCAUGUACCCUCCCGUCGCCGCUGAUCUGCCCAGGACUGUGCCCAAGGGAGGUGCUACUAUCGGAGGAAAAUACGUCGCUGAAAACACCGUCGUCUCCGUCUGGCAAUGGGCCAUCAACCGUAACCCGCAGCACUGGACGGAACCUGAGAAGUACAUCCCAGAGCGCUGGCUGGGCGACCCGAAGUACCAGAACGACGCGCUGGAAGCUAUGCAGCCGUUUAGCUUUGGUCCUCGGAAUUGUAUUGGGAGGAAUCUGGCGUAUGCGGAAAUGCGCCUCAUCUUGGCUAGGAUCAUUUACAAUUUCGAUAUGAGCAUCUGCGAUGACAGCUUGAGGUGGAUAGGAGACCAGAAGACGUACCUGCUGUGGGACAAGCCGUCAUUGAACCUUUACAUGACUCCUGUUCCUCAGAAGGUGGAGUAAGCGGGAAUAUUGUUGUAUCAACAGGCUGUCCGGGAUGUCGGUGGGUAGGCACUACCUAGGUAGGUAUGGUUUAGGCAUGGUUUCUUCGUCGAUCCUUAAUGGGUUUCCUAAGAGUCUGGAUUGGGUGUUAGGAAAUGUACUGGUAAAUUGCGUGGAUAGGUACCCUAUGUUCUCGUCGAUGGCCAUUUCGGUGCCCUGGAUUGAUAGGCUGGAACCACGCUUAGGCCUUUAUGGUAGAUACCUAGUAGGUACCUAGUAGAUAGGCCGUCAUACUUCCUUUGUAAGCAAAGCAUAGCUUUGUAAAUUCUAUGAAUAAAUAAACCAUUUUACUUGUUCAUCACGUUGUUGCAUUGUAUGGAAG